CUGUGCUGCCGAUCACAUCUCGUUGAAGUCGGGUGCGUUGGUUAGCUAUUGCUAAAAGAUUGAAGUGGUGCGCUGACUCGAUUUGUUAAAUCUAAUAUUUAAUUCGCUUUAAUAAUUGUUAAAUCUAUAGUGAAGUAAUUUGUUUAAUCAAGCUGCGUGCGCAACCCGUUGACAACUUUCUAAAUCAUUUUAUUAUCAAAAACAGGAUGCCUACAACUACGACUGGUAGAAAGAGGAAACUCCAAAACCCGUGUGUUGGAUGUAACACACCAACAUCUGGACUCUGUCAGAGAUGUAAAAUCUCUUUUUGUAGCCUUCAAUGUUUGAAUAAAAAUUUUCCUGCACAUCGGGAAACAUGCCCUGAAAUCAACCGUCGUCGGUUCAGUUUCUUAGAAAUCAUACUAGCGUGCCAACCACGUAAGCCUGGUGAUCCGAUUUUUCCAAUUCGCCUUUAUAAACCACCUAAAAUGGCUACAAUUAUGUGUGUGUACUGUAUGGAGCAGGCUGACUUCUAUUGCGAAAAAUGCGAAACCUCGUAUUGCAGUUCACGUUGUCAAAAAUCUGAUUGGUUGAAUCAUAAGCUAAUAUGUCUUGCAUCAUACCAUGAUGAUAAUGCCCGCUGCAAUGCGUGUGGUUACGAAAUUUGCUUUUUCUGCAAGCGAUGUCACAAUACUGAAUGCGAAGAAUAUAUCAAAUUAUCGAAUUGGACUAUACACCGCUCUCUUUUUCCGAUAAUGCCUGAGUUGGUGCCUUUUGAUUAAUUUUGAAUGUCGGUGUAAAGAACCAGAACCCUUCAAAACUCAGAACCCCUUAACUAAAAUCAUCAACACGUGGAUUUGCUUUUUAUUCUGCAUUUUUAAGUUUAUAUUUAUAUUAGAUUUUUUUUCGCCGCGUUAAAUAAUUUAUUUUUUG